AUCGCUAGUGCGAUAAGAUUGAUAAAUUUUGACCAUUAAAUUUUGAGCAUUAAAUCAUUACGAUAAGAAGAAAAUUUUUAUUUAAUUUGUUACCCAAUUGUUUUAUACAAGUUUGUAGAAAUACAAGUAAUAAUUCGGGGAUAAAAUGUUUAGUAGAUUGUUAAUUUUCGAAUAUCAUUACUUCUUAAAUAAUCAUUAUUUUAUUUUUAAAUUCUUUCAGUAUUUAGAUUAUUUAAGCAAUUUUAAAGUUAUCUCGCUAGCCGCUUAGUAAUCGUCUAGGAUACGUAGGAAAAUACGUAAUGGCAAUGUGUUGACAUAAUACUCUUGCUUCGGUCGUGCAACUUCAAAGAGCCACGUGACGGUCUCUUGCAUACUCGUAAACCCCUGUUGGUUGGCGACUAAUGAAUUUCGCGCUGUCCUUUGAUCUCAACCAAUGCGACUUCCAAUAUACAUAUACAUAUAUACACACACACACACACAUAUAUAUAUAUAUAUAAAUUUAUAUAUAUAUGUGGAUAUAACAAUUACUUUUCCAUGUUAAAAUAUUUCUUAUACGAGUUUCGACAACACGUUCGAAGAAAUUACGUGCGGACGAGUUAACGGCGUUUUUAGGAGGAACGAACGCACUUUAAAAGUAACUUUCAAAGAACUCGUUUUGUACAUCCCUCGGUGUAAUUGCAUCUGUCAAAUGAAACGUAAAACAUUGAUGACUGCUUGGACAUUUUUGCAAAGACUUCGGAAUGAAAUACUUAAAAGUGGCAGUGUUCACGUUCAACCUGUUAAUAUGGUUGGCCGGUUGCACGGUGCUAGUUAUAGGAGCAUGGUUACUAUUGGAGCCAAGCAAAGGACACCUUCUGAAUCUUUUUCUACCCGACGUCAAACCCCACGAGACGAUUGAUUUGAUAGCGUACAGCUUGGUAGGCCUCGGCUUCACCGUCUUUAUGGUGGGUUUCUUUGGUUGUCGUGCUGCUCUGCGUGGAAAUCAGUGCAUUCUCGCAACGUACAUGAGCAUGCUGGUCGCCCUGAUCGUAACAGAACUUGUCACAGCAGCAAUUGGUGGGCUCAUGACUUUUCGGAUUCUUUCCGAUUUGGAAGAAAGAUUGUCCGACAAAUUGACCACGGAUUACGGCCACGACACCACCAGCGAUAUAUCAUUUAGCCAUAGUCUUGAUUUCGCUCAGUACAAGUUUAAUUGCUGCGGAGUGCACAGCGACGCGGAUUACAAUGGUACAGCAUGGUGGAGGGAUGGUCAAAUUUCAGGAAGCAGGCGACAGGUUCCGAUCACGUGCUGCGUUCUCAAAAAUACCGAGGUAAAGAAUACAGGUAGUCCAAUGAGCGUUGUCUCGAGAGUAUUUCACAAAAACAACGAGAAACCAUGGCUUCAUCCACAGCCGAAGGACGAAGCCGCGUGUCAAGUGGAAGACCAAGAGGGUCACGAGGGUUAUCGACACAAGGAGGGUUGUCUCGGAAAAGUUAGCAAUUGGCUUCAGAGCGAGAGCUUCACGUUAGUUUUCUUGGGCAUGGCAAUGGCUGGCAUUCAGACCUUCGGCAUAAUCACGUCUGCGUUUCUUUGUCGAACUAUCCGAGAUAUGCAAACGGAUUAAUCCACGUCCUCGAAAGGAGACAAGAGUUUCUUUAACCCUUAGAGAUAUCGAAGAUAUUUUGAAUGGAAGAAAAGAGGAGAAAAAGGAAGAACGAAGCGUUUCUCAACUUAUUUCUUUGCUAUUCAAACGCAAUAGAAAGGAAGAAGAGGAACCGGACUCUCCGGUGGGACAACUUCUGUAGCGAUCUGCCUUUAUGAAAUUCGAGAUUGUGAAGCACGAAGAGUAAUGACGCGAAAAGAAAAUUUAUUCGAUCGACGUUGCUCCGAGUCAUUCCCGUCCCUUAUCGUAUAUUUAUCAUACAAGAUGAACCAAUUUCUCUGGAACCAAUCGAGAAAAAGUACAGUGUGUUAAACCCAUUGUAAAUACAUAUAAACACGUGUAACUCCUAGAUGUGUCCAUCUUAAAGAACUCAAGGGGAAGAG